CUCAUUCCUAUUUUAGCCGUUUGGCGCUUCUUCAUCCUCUUCCUCCCUUCUGUAUCCAUUUAUUUGUCUCUUUCCACUCUCCCUCUUCGAGUUUCAGUAAGUAAAUUCCCAGUUCCCAAAUCCUGAAAUCGCCGACAUUUCUGUAGGACCCACACAAAUCCGUAAACCGACACCAAAUCCACCAUUAACGACACAUUAAUUACAAAACCCCAUCUAAACAAACAAACAAACAAACAGAGCAGUAGUCCAGUAGACCACCCUCUUUAAUUCUUCCAGUUAAACUUCACUUUAAGUUCUGGAAAAUCAAGCUUCUGAAAAUCAAACACCCCCUACAAAUUUAGGGUACUUACUAAUUAAUUAAUUAUAGUAAGAUGUUAGAAAUGAAGUGUGUUUCACUGUCAUUAAUGGUAGCAUUAGCAGUAAUGGGAUGCAAUUUUGGUGUGGCAAUUGGUGGGUGUCAUAGACCUCCUGUCAUUUUUAGCUUCGGGGAUUCUAACGCCGACACCGGUGGACUCUUUGCCGGACUUGGUUAUUCGCUCAAUCCUCCAAAUGGACGCUCUUUCUUUGGCCGGCCUUCCGGCCGCCUUUCCGACGGCCGACUUAUUCUUGAUUUUCUUUGCCAAAGUCUGAAUACCAGAUUUUUGAGCCCAUAUCUGGAAUCAUUGGGUUCAGAUUUCCGAAAUGGUGCGAAUUUUGCAGUGGUAGGAUCCUCAACACACCCAGAAUAUAAGCCAUUCGCCUUAAACGUUCAGGUUAUGCAGUUUAUUCACUUCAGAGGCCGAUCCCUUGAACGUGCAGCUAUAGGGACUAGAGGAUACAUUAACGAAGAAGGGUUCCGAAAUGCACUCUACAUGAUAGAUAUUGGACAAAAUGACCUUGCUGAUUCAUUCUCCAAAAACCUUUCAUAUGCAGAAGUUGUCAGAACAAUUCCUGUGGUUAUCGAAGAAAUCAAGAAAGCUGUUAAGGGAUUGUAUGAUCAAGGUGGAAGAAAGUUUUGGAUUCACAACACCGGGCCAUUAGGUUGUUUACCUCAAAAACUCUGGUUAGUUCAACACAAGGAGGGAGAUCUCGAUACCUCAAAAUGCAUCUCAAGUUACAACUCUGCUGCACAAUUGUUUAAUACAGCACUUCUGCAUUUGUGCCAAGCAAUGAAAUCUGAGUUACCAGAUGCUACGAUUGUCCAUGUUGACAUAUACUCCAUCAAAUACGAUUUAAUAAGCAAUGGUAUGAAAUACGGAUUUUCAAGUCCAUUAAUGGCUUGUUGUGGAGCUGGUGGGCCACCGUAUAAUUAUAAUAUACAGAUGACUUGUGGUAAUUAUGGUUCUCAAGCUUGUAACAAUGGAUCCCAGUUUAUAAGUUGGGAUGGAAUCCAUUAUACAGAAGCAGCUAACGCGAUUGCAGCUAAAAGAAUACUUUCUAUGGAGUAUUCUUCUCCAAAGAUGCCAUUCGAUUUCUUUUGUCAGAAAUGAGAGUACACUGAUCAUGGACUUUGGCACAUGUUUUCGCAUCAUUAAGAUUGGUAAGUGUAUCAAUAAAAGAGUUCUGUGUUUGUUUUUACAAAUGAUUUCAGAAGCAAUAUGAAACUUUUUCAAUCCAA